CCCAGGGGCAAUUUCUUUUCUUCCGAGCUGCCCUACUGUCCUGCCAGCACUAACCUCCAGAAGUAAGCAGGGAAGCCCCAUCCUCCUCACCCCCUGGUUGUUUGUUGAUCAGCGCUGACGUUCCUCACAUCAUUCUGAAACAACGCCAGCGCUGGAAGUGAGCUGGCGAGACGGGCGGCGGGAAGAGGACUCGGUCUGUGCGUCCAUCGUUAUCUCUUCACUGCACGUCAGCUCUGAGAUAACAUCAGGAAAUAAUCUCCCAGCCCAGGAAUGAAACAGCUUCAUGGUGGGCAGCUCUGCAAUGGGCCACCCGCAGAUGUCAGUCAAAUAACACUGAAAAUAGAGAGGGACGGACAGCAGGAGCAGAUCCUGGGGCCGAGAAGCAGCCGGGCACGGCCACUCAAGCCCACAGCGUACAAAAAGCAAAACCAGAGCCUGAAAUGAGAUCCAGGCUCCAACAAAAUGGACUAUUUCCAACUAUUUGAAAAGCUUCAGACAGCUGUGGGAAGGAAGAAAACUCUCACAGGCUGUGACAACAAAGCAGGAGAAGCACAAAAACAAGUUCCCCCGUGAAACAGAAAAGGCAUUGAGGCUCCGGCAGCCCGCAGGGGACGGAUGGUGCCGGCUGGGCAGGCGCUCACUGCUCAGCAAUGUUUGAGGAAAAUCCUCCUUCAAUGUACCUGACAGGGUCAAACCACACAGAAGACUCCCAAGAAACGAACACAGCCACAGGAGGUGCUUUGGAGGCUCAGGAAAACACGGGACCCAUCCCAGGGGACACGAACAACAGCCAUCCUCCUGCCAGCGAGCAACCAGCAAGCCCCAGCUCCCCGCAGCAGCACCUGGCCUGCCUGAGGACACUGAUGUCCAGGCAGAAGGCAGAGUAUGAAUCCAGAGUCGCAAGCCUGGAGAAGCGGAACAGAGAGCUGCAGUCAGAGAUUAAGGACAUGCAUUCGAAACUGGGACAGCAGCGCAAGCAGCACAGCCUCGUGGAGAUGAAAAUGCGAAAUGCAGAGAGAGCAAAGGAAGAUGCAGAGAGAAGAAACGAAAUGCUUCAAAAAGAAAUGGAAGAGUUUUUUGAAACCUUUGGGGAAAUUAACAAAUGGAAAUAAUCAAUGACUUGUUCGGUUUGAACUUGUGCUCUCUCUGUAGGAGAGAGAAAAGUCAUGUUCUGAUCUCAGAAAUUAAGAAUCUCAGCAGUAAAAACUGGGCUGUUAAUUACAAAGCAAGCAGUGAUAUAAACUCGCGGGCAGGCCUUACCUCCAGGAACUCUCUGCAGCGCGCUGCUAACACGAAGGAUGCUCUCUUUUACCCCUGGAAAAAUCUUUCAGACAUACUUUGCAUUACCCAUUCCCAAACCGGUCUACACAGCACCAUGGGAAAGCUCCCUGGUAUUUUUGGGGUUGCUUGUACUAAUGCACCAAGUGGCUGACUUUUUUAAUUUCAGGAUGUUGUGCUUGUUGGGCAUGUUUUACUAGCCACCCUAGAAGUCACAUAGGUGUUAGAUGGGCCUUAAGGGUGCUGAGUUUA